AUGGCGGCCGGGGCCCCCCGACGCCCGCGGUGCCCGGGCUGCCCGCGCCCGGCCCUCGCCCCCGGCCGCCCGGGACCGGCCGCCGCCCUCGGGCCCGGGAUGAGGGUCUCCAAGGCAACGCUCCCCGUGGACCCCGGCCGGGAGCCCCCGGGGAUGCGGUGCCUCUCCGCGCCGUCGACGGACGACCCCGCCGCGUGUCGAGCCCCGGGACGGUCCCGCCGGCCGCACGGUGCCCCCGUCCCGCCCUCGGCCGGGGCGCGACGGCGGGCGCUCGACGGGCCGAGCCCGCCGGAGGAGCGGGAUCGGCUUCUCCGGGAGACGGGGUCGCCGGGUCGCGGAGGGUGGGGGACCGGAGACCCUCCCGAGGGUGAAGGGCCGGCGGGCCGUGACGUCCCGGGGCGCGGCGUCGGGGCCGACGCCGACGAUCCCGUCGUCCGGCCCGGCGGGCCCGGGGACCCCGGGAGAUGGGCGGCGAAGGGCAGGGCGGCCUCUGGGAAAACGGCACAACGCUUCGACCUUGCUUCGGCCGAACCCCCGUUCUCGGACUCUUCCUCCUCCUUCGUACGUGCGCCGUCCUAUCCCCGUAAACACGCGGCCGUGGCUGCGGGCCGCGUCGGCCUUGAGGACGUGAAGCGUCGAGCGUACUCGGUGGGUUUCACCCCCCGCACUAAAACGAAAAGCAGAGGUUGGCAGUUGAAAUGGGUGGAUGUGUACUGUGUCGGCUAUGGUUUUCUGGCCUUGAAGAAAAGAGGAGGUGACAUGAGCAGAUUACUCUUCGGGGAGAUAGUAAUGAUCAUAACUGUGCCGCGAGGAUGGGGAGGCCCGUCUGAAGAGGACCGCGCCCCCGGCCGGCGCCCGCCGCCCGUCCAGGAUGGCCGAGAGGGCCCGCCGGGCCUGAACAGGAAGACGUCCCGGUCCACCCUGUCCCUGCCCCCGGAGCCGGUGGACGUCACCCGCGGCAAGUGCGGCUCGCGGAGGGUCAAGCUCAACGUGGGCGGCCUGACCCACGAGGUGCUGUGGCGGACCCUCGACCGGCUGCCCAGGACGCUGGGGAAGCUCAAGGACUGCGGCAGCCACGAGGCCCUGCUGGUGUGCGACGACUACAGCCUGGCGGAGAACGAGUACUUCUUCGACCGCCACCCCGGGGCCUUCACCUAUCUGAAUUUCUACCGGACGGGGAAGCUGCACAUGAUGGAGGAGAUGUGCGCUCUGUCGUUCGGCCAGGAGCUGGAUUACUGGGGGGUGGACGAGAUCUACCUGGAGUCCUGCUGCCAGGCCAGGUACCACCAGAAGAAGGAGCAGAUGAACGAGGAGCUGCGCCGGGAGGCCGAGACCAUGAGGGAGCGGGAGGGGGAGGAGUUCGACAACACCUGCUGCCCCGAGAAGAGGAAGAAGCUCUGGGAUCUGCUGGAGAAGCCCAACUCGUCCGUCGCCGCUAAGAUCCUGGCCAUCGUGUCCAUCCUGUUCAUCGUCCUGUCGACCGUGGCCCUGUCCCUGAACACGCUGCCCGAGCUGCAGGAGACGGACGAGUUCGGCCAACCCAACGACAACCGGCAGCUGGCCCACGUGGAGGCGGUGUGCAUCGCCUGGUUUACCAUGGAGUACCUGCUCCGCUUCCUGUCCUCGCCCAACAAGUGGAAGUUCUUCAAGGGCCCGCUCAACGUCAUCGACCUCCUGGCCAUCCUGCCCUACUACGUCACCCUCUUCCUGACCGAGUCCAACAAGAGCGUCCUCCAGUUCCAGAACGUGCGGCGGGUGGUGCAGAUCUUCCGCAUCAUGCGGAUCCUGCGCAUCCUGAAGCUGGCCCGCCACUCCACGGGCCUCCAGUCCCUGGGCUUCACGCUGAGGCGGAGCUACAACGAGCUGGGCCUGCUGAUCCUCUUCCUGGCCAUGGGCAUCAUGAUCUUCUCCAGCCUGGUCUUCUUCGCCGAGAAGGACGAGGACGCCACCAAGUUCACCAGCAUCCCGGCCUCCUUCUGGUGGGCCACCAUCACCAUGACCACCGUGGGCUACGGGGACAUCUACCCCAAGACCCUGCUGGGCAAGAUCGUCGGGGGGCUCUGCUGCAUCGCCGGGGUGCUGGUCAUCGCGCUGCCCAUCCCCAUCAUCGUCAACAACUUCUCCGAGUUCUACAAGGAGCAGAAGCGGCAGGAGAAGGCCCUGAAGCGCCGGGAGGCCCUGGAGCGGGCCAAGCGCAACGGCAGCAUUGUCUCCAUGAACCUCAAGGACGCCUUCGCCCGCGGCGCCGAGCUGCUGGACGUGGCCGCCGACAAGGCGGGCGAGCCGGCCCGGGCCCCCGCCGCCGACGGCCAGCCGUCCCCCAGCCGCUGGAAGUGGGCCCGGCGGGCCCUGGCCGAGUCCGGCCCGGCCGACGGCUACCGGGAGGUGGCCCAGAGGGACCCCCGCGAGCCGCUCAACAACACGGCCGCCGGCCCGCAGCCCCUGAGCGCCCACAGGCUGCAGAUGCUCUACAACGAGAUCGUCAAGAGCCGGCCGCCCCCAGCCCUGACCCCUGACCUCCGGCGGGGAGGGCGGCGGCCGGAGGGCCGGGAGGAGGAGAUGGAGAGGGCGGAGGCGGCCCGGCGCCGGGAGCAGCUGGCCGUGGCCCGGGCGGACGGCGUCACGGACAUGCGGAGCACGUCCAGCAUCGACAGCUUCACCAGCUGCACCACGGACUUCGCCGAGGCCGACAGGUCCCCGGUCCCGCCCAGGCCCGGCCCCGGGGCCGGCCCGGCCGGGGACGGCCUGCCCUUCGACCUCCCGCGGGAGCACGGGCCGCCCGCCGCCCCGGGAGCCGGGGAGGGCCGCCCCCCGAGAGGGGACUCGAGGGGACGGGGCGGCCCCCCGGCCCGGAGCCCCCUGCCUCGGUGGCCCUCCCAGAAGCGCUCCGCCCCGUCCACGAGGGAGAGGAGGAGCUUCACCGAGAUGGACGCCGGCGAGGACGAAGACUUUCCGGAACCCCGACGGGCCUCCCCCGACGGGCCGGCGGAACCCGAGACAAACUGCCCCGAGGGUCCGCGGGGGGACCGGAGAGACCCUCUGACGGGAGGGGGCGGGCCCGGCCGCCCCCCGGCCCCGGACCCGGCUCACGACUGGACGCGAGACCGUCUUCCCGCCGCGGGGGACGUCAGGAGGGACGAUCGGCCGGAAGGGAGCAAGGUGGGAAACCACGUGUUCGCCCCCCAGAUCCGGGCCGACCCCGGGGCCGCUGGCUACUGCCCCACGCGGGAGACCAGCAUGUGACUACUUCCAAAAGCAAUAAAGAAACCCCUUUCUUACGACCACGGGCGGCGAGCGGACUUAGACCGGGGACCUCCCCGUCCCCUCCCUCCUCCCCCCGCCCCCCGAAGCGCAUAACACGUUAUUUUUGCAUGGCAUGAACGGUUAAGUUUCAGUCCUGUUGAAAUAAAAGAGUCGAGGCUGCGUUUUGUAACCAGACGGCCCCAAACCACGAGUCCCGAACUGUGGAUGAAAUAAAAAGAGCUCUAUUAGGAACGGUA